CGGGAGAGAGCGCGAUGGGCCGCAGCGGUGGGCACAUGCUCCGCGGGGACUCAUGCCACGCGCGUCCGGGUCCGGCGCGCAAUUAGCAGCCGCCUCCUCAGCUCGCCACCGCUCGACUCCUCGCCUUCCCGAGCUGCCGCGGCGAAGAGCUCCAGCCGUCGCUUCGCACAGGCUGCAGGCAUUGUCCUCCCGGUCCGCCGCCUGGCUGGGCUGCCGCUGCUUCUGCGGGCUGCUGCGGGGCCCCGGACCUGCGCCGCUGGGACGCGUUGCCACCGCCGGGCAGCCCGGCGCCCGGCCUCACUUUGUGAUUUCUGCGUCCUUCACUCCCCGGCGACCCUUCCCUGGGGUUUUCCUUUGGAGCUGAAAAAGAAGAGAAGUCCAGCCGCCAAGCCCAGCCUUCCCCAGGCUCGCAGCCCCGACGGGGCCGCGGCAGGCGCGGCAAGAGCGCUAACGGAGCCAUGAGAGAGUACAAAGUGGUGGUGCUGGGCUCGGGCGGCGUGGGCAAGUCCGCGCUCACCGUGCAGUUCGUGACGGGUUCCUUCAUCGAGAAGUACGACCCGACCAUCGAAGACUUCUACCGCAAGGAGAUUGAGGUGGACUCUUCACCGUCGGUGCUGGAGAUCCUGGACACAGCGGGCACGGAGCAGUUCGCGUCCAUGCGGGACCUAUACAUCAAGAACGGCCAGGGUUUCAUCCUCGUCUAUAGCCUAGUCAACCAGCAGAGCUUCCAGGACAUCAAGCCCAUGCGGGACCAGAUCAUCCGCGUGAAGCGGUACGAGCGUGUGCCCAUGAUCCUGGUGGGCAACAAGGUGGACCUAGAAGGCGAGCGUGAGGUCUCUUACGGCGAGGGCAAGGCCCUGGCCGAGGAGUGGAGCUGCCCCUUCAUGGAGACGUCGGCCAAAAACAAAGCCUCGGUGGACGAGCUGUUUGCGGAGAUUGUGCGGCAGAUGAACUACGCGGCUCAGCCCAACGGCGACGAGGGCUGCUGCUCGGCCUGCGUGAUCCUCUGAGGCGCCCGCGUUUGCUGUUUGCCUGCCGCGCUCUGCGCACAAAAGCCAAACGCACCCGACUCUCUAAAUGUGAUUUCUCCUCUUGCUUUGAGAUUGGAGACGACUUUGCAUUGGCGGAGGUGUUCUGGGAGCCCGACUGGCCUCUGCGGCCGGCGUCCCCUGCCUCCGUCCCGUGUCGGAGGGGGUGACCCGUCCUGACCAUCCGAGACCCUGUUGGAAAUGUGGCUCUUUGCAGCAUGUACGUUUUUCAUUGAUUUUGGCUGACGCAUAUUUCCCCGUUUAAGUAGCCGUUAGGGCGCUGUAUUGGCCGUUUGACACCCGGCAAGCAAAAGUUUCGGCCUGGAAAAAAAUGGGAGUUGGGGUGGGGAAAUGAAGGAAGAAGAGGGGGAGAAUGGAGGAAAGGGAGGUCUUUUUAUUUUCUUUUUUUGGCAACAACCGUUUUGUAGUUCCAAGUUUUAAAUACAUGGACGGAAGUCCGGGAGACCAUGUGAAAGAGCAGAAGGAGAGAAAGAAACUUCUGUUUUUUCCUUGUUUUCCAGGAGUAGGUGGAAAUUAAGAUGGGGUUCCUUUUCUGCCAGCUUGGAAGGGCAACCCCGUGACUGAUUGCGAUUCUGAGGAUGUCUAUGCAAAGUUGGAUUCUUGUUACAGUAUAUCCAAUCUGAAAUAUUGCACAUCUGAACUGGGACUGUUAACACUGAUGCCAAUACGGUGUGGGGGUGCCAGAAAGUGUCUGCUGAUAUUUGUGGAAAAAAAAAUUCUAUUUUGUUUACCUACUGUAUUAAAGGGGAGUCUGGGGGAGAACAGUAGUUUUUUUGUUGUUGUUUUUUUUUAAUCAGCUGUGAAAAAAAUGUUACAGAUCUGCACAUUUUGUGUGUGUGUGUGUGUAAUAUUGUGUGUUUAUUUUUAAGUUUAGGUGUUUUUUGUUUAC